AUGACGCCGAUAUCUCAAGACGACGACGAAGGUCGACAGUCCGACGUCAGCACAUCUACAGAGACCAAAAUCGUGGGCAACAAGUUUGACAGACAAGCACCACCGCCAUACUCGGCGUUUUCUCCUCAACGACGAAGGUUCAUACUCGGGAUCGUGACAGCGGCGGGAUUCUUUGGUCCAUUAUCUGGUGCCAUCUAUCUACCAGCCCUCCCACUGUUCGAGAGCAUCUUUUCGGCGUCAGCCACCGCCAUUAAUGCUACUGUCUCCAUGUACAUGGCCGUCUUCGCAGUUGCUCCGCUUCUGUGGGCGGCAAGUGCAGACUACGGAGGACGCAAGACGGUGUAUUUGGUCUCUCUUGGAAUCUUCAAUUUUGCCAACGUUUUGCUCGCCUCGCUGCCUCCCAAUAUCGGAGCGCUCUUUUUCCUCCGAGUUCUUCAAGCUUUGGGUUCUUGUGGGGUGACCUCAAUUGGGGCGGGCACUGUGGCUGAUAUAACUGAGCCUCGACGACGAGCUUCCGCCUUGUCAGUCUUCUUGCUGGGACCACAAAUUGCUCCAGUCCUUGGACCUAUCAUUGGAGGCCAAUUUGCCGUGCCAGAGAGAUGGCGAUGGGUAUUCGGAUUUCUUGCCAUCGCUUGUUUCCCCGUGUAUUGCAUGAUCAUUUUCUGUCUUCCCGAGACUCUGCGAUGCCUGGUGGGCAAUGGAGAAGUCCAUGCUAAUCGUGGCUGGAUCAGCGCCCCGAGGUUUCGUCAAGCGCAAGUCGUGGACAGCAAGGACUUUCCCCGCAUGCCACGCCCCAACCUAAAGUCGUUCUAUAGACUUUUGAAAUAUCCACCAAAUCUGAUUGUAAUGAUCAGUGGGGCUUUUCUCUUUGCUGCCUUUUAUUCCAUAUUGAUUACAUUCCCUCGGGCCUUGGGUGACACAUACGGUUUCAGCGAAGCCGAGGUUGGUUAUGCGUAUUUGGCUUCAGGGAUUCCGGCAGUGUUCGGUUCGUUAGCUGGCGGUCGGACGUCUGACUUUCUGCGGAAAAGAGCUGUGCGCCAACAUGGAAGCGAGAACAUUCCUCCUGAGCGCAGAAUCAGCACCCAAAUUUAUGGUUACAUCCUUUCAGCAGCCGGGCUUCUUAUGUAUGGGUGGUUUUGCAGGUUCCACAUCCACGUUAGUGCUGCGCUUGUAGCAUCGGGAAUCGCUAGUUUCGGAAUGACUUGGGUUUUUGUCACAAGUAGCAGCUACCAGACCGAGUGUUUCCCAACGCAAGCGGCCAGCCAGAUGGCUCUCGCGAGCUUGCUGCGUAAUGUGGCAGCAGCAAUCGCCGCAGUAAUCAUCGACCCUCUCACAAGUUCGAUGGGAUUCGGGUGGUGUUUCACUGGACUGGCCUUGUUGAACUUGCUAGGCGUUGUGGGGGUGUUGUUUAUCAUGAAUGGGACCAACUUUCAGAAGAAGUUUGGAAGAGAAGAAGCCAAGCCCACGCUGAGUGGUUCCAAACAGGUCGAUCAACGAAAGUAA